AUCUCAACUGGCACAAUGGCCACCUCAUCGGCCAAGCUCUUGGCGAGCAAUUUGAUUCUGCCUGCUCCAUCGGAUCUGGCUGGCACAGCGGCGAUGCCGCAGCUUGCGAAUGGUAUCCUGGUCGCGCUUGCUCCUGCACCAAUUCCGGAUGGCACAGCGGUAGCCUCAUCGGCCAAGUUCUUGGCGAGCAAUUUGAUUCCACCUGCUUCUGCAUCGGAUUUGGCUGGCACAGCGACGACGCCGCAGCUUGCGGAUGGUAUCCUGGUCGCGCCUGCUCCUGCACCAAUUCCGGAUGGCACAGCGGUAGCCUCAUCGGCCAAGUUCUUGGCGAGCAAUUUGAUUCCACCUCCUCCUGCACCGAAUUCUACCGUCACAGCAGCGAUGCAACAGCUUGCGGUUUGUAACCUGAUCCCGCCUGCUCCUGCACCGAAUCUAGCUAGCACAGCGGUACCAUCGACGCCGCAAAUCUCGGCGAAAAACCUGCUUGUUACUGCACCGCAACCGGCAGUCACAGAGACAGCACUGAUUGUCAACCCAUCUAAUAAGUUCUGGUAUCUGCCGGCGAAUUCGGAUGCAUUUCCUCGACGGGUCGGGGAUUUCAUUCCUCAACCUCCCAUAAUAGGACACACGAAAGUUGAUCGAGAGCUGGAAGAUUCUUGGAUGUCGCUGAUAUCAAACUGUAAACAUGCUCAGCUCAUGCUCGCCGAUCAAAGUACAAGUUGGACCGAAAGACAUCUGUUCCAGUUGAUCGAAUGUGUCGGAGACGGAACAACAAUCAUCACUGGAAGCAUCCAAUGCUGCUGGGCAGGAGAACCGGUAUACGAAGCAAAUCCUGGCGCGCGGUCACAGAUAUCUAGCGGAGUGCUGACAUAUCCGGUCAUUCGAAUGGGGUUGCUCGAGGUGCAGAGUAGAAGUAUAGCUGGAUCGGGUGACCAGCAAUACGGGUCGGGGAUUGUUGCUGAAGCAGAUGACCAGGCGAGCAAACCCCUCGGCGAUCUAGACUAUUAUUUGAUCUCCCCCUCACCCUCGGGAGUGUCAAUAGGGCACAAGUAGACGAACGAAGGAAGAACGUCAAGAUCGAGGAGAACGGCAGAUCAUUCUCGACGUGACAUAGUAGAAUUAGUCCACCAUUUACAAAUUAGCGCUCGUUUUUAAAUUUAUUCUUAUUUGUACGGCUAGCUAUCGAAAGCGAACAGAACAUUUUAAUCUGAAUUCUGGUGAGAACCAAAACACUUCGGUUUACACGCUAUACUUACUUAUUACACUUAUUAUAUCUAGCUUGAUCGGCUGCGGCAAAAUUAAUUUAAUCGAAACUAGUUAAUAGCUGACUCAUUUGGUACAUCUACUAUUGUAAGUACUCAAAGAAUGAGUUCAAGGUAAACUUAAUCUAAUACUAAACUAAAAUCAGGUUCACACCAGCACCAACUUGAAUCGUACCAACAGCGAACCCCUACAAAAGUUCUGGACUAAAUUUCUUUAAGCUUACUCUGAGGGAAACGACGAGUUUUGCUGUAAAGAGUCCGAAACGACCUCUGGGGGAUUCGCACAUUGGGCAACAAACUUAAAGAAAUUUAUUCACGCGAUGUCUGACCUACGACGAGAAAGUGAGGUUAGAAUUCCCACCCUGGACGAAAACAAAUCAUCGAGUUCGAGUUUUGCCAGAGCAACAUCUUCAGCAGAGACAGCGUUACUAAUCCGACGCCUGGAGGAAGAAAAACAGAUACAAGAACGCUUGCUCAUUGAAAGGAAUAAUCUAGGAAAGCUUCUUCAUGAAAGAGCGAUUGAGGAGGAAAGAGAACGAGAAUAUCGAGUUCUGGACGAAAAACAACGGCUGGAAAAAGAAUUCAUCGAGCGCAAAUAUGUCUUUUUGCAAACCAAAAUCGCUCGUGACCGGAGAACGAGCUUCAGUUCUCGGAGCAAUCGUAGCUCAGUCGGACCAAGGUUGGAAACCCUGACUCUGGAGGAAUGUGUAGUGGGAGGGAUUCCCGGCACUACUACCACGUCAAACAUCGGUACCACGCUCAGGUCGACACCAGCUUCGAUUCCGAUUACGGCGGUGGAAUCUUCGUUCACAAGCACGACAAGCAUUGCAGCCCUUUAUCCAGUCCUAGAAUUUCACCCACCCUCGCCCGCUCAUACAUUGAUUUCGACUGGCACAGCAGCAACCUCAUCGGCCAAGUUCUCGAUGACCAAUUUGAUCCCAUCCGCUCCUGCGUCGAUCUCGACUUGCACAGCGGCAGCCUCAACGGCCACGUUCUCGGCGAGCAGUUUAAACCUGUC